AUGGGCCGAGAGAAGGACUGGGACAGGCAAGGAGGCGAGAAGACCUGCCCACCAAGAAAGAAGUAUGGGAGGCACCCUUGCAGCUGCGCGCGGCGGGAGGCGAGCCGGGCGCGCAUUGAUCGCUGGUGUAGACGUAGUCUCUCUGCGCACCCGCGCCCGGCCGGCUGUCGGGAACUCGAGCCGGCUCCGCGCGUGCUUCCUGGAAACGUGCUCGCUGGCGAGGAGCUGCUCGGUGACGGCAGCCCUGGGCCGCCUCGCCCGAGGGCCGGGCUGGGCACCGCGGCGCCCGCGGGCUGCCGCCCCCGCAGGGCCGCCCGGGGCGUGGGUCAGCCCCGGUGGAUCCGGCGCGCCGCCGGGCGGGCGGGAGGGAGGCGGAGGGGGACCCGCCGGGGAAGCCGUGGGGUGGUAUCUCAGCUGCUGAGAGGCGAGCCCGCCUCCUUUCCGGGUAAACUUGCGGCCGCGCCGAGGGGGGUGGUGCCGCGCCGGCAGGGGGCGGGGCCGGCCGUAGCCGCGUCCCGCGAUGUUGCAGGUGGGCCCGGGCCCCGUGAUGGGCCGGCUGGGCCGGUCUCCCGACGCAGUGAGAACCCCCUACCCGCUGCCUCCCAACCAGAACCGCUUGGUACACCUUCAGGCACAGAAUGUUUAUUGGCCACCUACUAUGCGUCUGUGUGGGGUGAGGGGAGACCCCAGGAGGAAUCCAUCUCUCCCGCGCACUCCAAUGAAAGGCCAGCUCCCAACGCCACGCAGAGGAGAAGCACCUCCACCCAACCUCGUGGGCUUGUACCACUCUUCCCACCUAAGCCCAAUCUUGCAGCCCCCAAGUGCAUUGGGGUGGCAGAAGGCAGCACUCUCCCCCACCUAGAUGGUUUGCCCCAUAGAUACCCAGGGUACCCUGAGAGUCCCCCAUGGUCCCAGCCUCCUAAGGGGAUCCUUGAACAUUCAUGCCCUUCUGCCCUCAUCCGAAGGCCAUGUGACCUCGGCAUCCCCUGGCCAGAUGUGGGCCCACACCAGGCCCCUGGGACAGCCCUCCAUCUGCUGUGUCAGCAUCCCUCCAGCUCUGGCUGAGCAGGAGUGGAGAGAGGUAGAGGGAAUACCCCCCGGGCCUUACUGGGCCCCCCUGGAAUAAGAACAGCAGCUUCUGAUACCCUCCCCAUCCCUCCCUCCCUGAGCCCUGAGCCCUGAGCCCAGUCUUGGCCUCCUGAGAGAGGAAGGCAUAGUCGAGCUCCACAGAAGGAGAGAGUUCUCCCAGUUUCCUUGGGAAGGAUAGGGAAUGUUCUGAUUUCCAAGCCUUCCCAUGGCCCCAUGGGCAGCUCCUUGCUUCCUGGCGAUAGGACUAGGGAGCUCUCUCCCCCUCCCUCUUCCCCCCCCCACCCCUCCCCAGCAGGCUGGUGCAGGUUGGCACCUGGCUGGUGGCAGCUGAGCAGAGCCUACCCACCCUCAGCUCUUGUCCUCUCCUGGGUGGGAUACGGUGGGUGGGUCAUCUCUGUGGCCUCCCUCCUCCUACUGCCAACCUGCAAUCGCUCCACUCCAUCCCCAGUGGGCUUCUCCCGGGGCCCAGAAAGUUCUUCUCUCUCUCACCCCCUGGCCUUUGAACAUGUUUUCCCCGAGGCCAGGGGUCAGCAAACUUUUUCUGAAAAGGGCCAGGUGGUCCUUAUUUGCGUCUCUGGCAUUGUAGCGUGAAAAGCAGACACAGAGAAUUAACAAACCAAUGCGUGUGGCUGUGUUCUAAUGAAACUGUACUGGACAUUGAAAUUUGAAUUUCAUAUAAUUUUCACAUGUCAUGAAAUAGUAUUCUUUUGGUUUGUUUUUCAACUGUUUAAAAAUGUAGAUACAUUCUUUGUUCAUGGGCUGAACCAAAACAGGUGGCAAGUUGGAUUUGGCCUGUGGGCUAGAGUUUGCUGCUCCCCUGUUCUAGGCUGCCCCCUUGGCUAAAUCCUCCUCAGGCCACAGCUCACACAUCCCUUCCCUGACCAGGUGGGAACAUCCAGUUGGACAUACCCACAAUGCCCUGCGCUACUUCUUUCCUAAUAGACAGCCCAGCACUGAGCCUGGCACACAGUAGGUGCUCAACGAGUGUUUGACAAUUAAGCGUGCUUCCUACAUAUUGUCUCUUUUGAUCUUCACAACAUCUGAGUGAGGCAUAGCUAUUAUCUCCAUUUUUUUUUUUUAUUAUCUCCAUUUUAUAGACAAGGUAACUGAAGCCCAGAGAGGUUAAGUAACCUGUCAAGGGUCACCCAGCUAGCUGGGACAGAGGAGGAAUUGAGCCUGCAGACUGCUUCCUGGGUGACCGGGCAGCAGGGGCCUAGUCCUGGGCCUCUUGUCCUGAAGCUAGGCUUCUAGAAGGUGUGGCCAGGCUUCUCGAGACAUCAGGGAGCCCAGCCUGCCUUUCACCUUUGGCACCAGGCUUGCUCGGCAGCUGGGGGAGGCUCCGAACAGCCUCUGUCCUCCCAGAGGCCCCUGUCCUUCCGUAUGGUGGCAUUCUCUGUGACUCGAUUCUGGGCUUCCUUCUCAGGGCUAGACCCAGGAACAACGGAUCCCAUUCCGUAGUCACCCGUCGCCCCUCCUCAGCCUCGCAUCUGAGCCACCUGUGCGUAACACAGCCUGCAACAGCUGGCCUCCCCUCCCCGCCAGCUGUGGACACGUCCCCACUGGCCAAGGCCUCUACUCGGCCUCCAGCCCAGUCCUUAUUGCCAAGUGUUAAUCUCCCCAUGUAUCAAAGGGGGAUGAUUACCAUGACACCUUCCAGUCCCAUCGUCAGCCUGGGAAUUGGGGCACAUUCCUGGGCGAGCCAGGCUGGAUAAACAUGUGGUCCAGCUGUGGCCUGCCUUCCCAUCAUGGGACAUCACGGGAGGUUUCUGAGGUUGAGGGCAGGAAGGUACGGGCCCCUCCUUUGGACUGGCAGGCCCUGACCCCAGGACCACUGCAGCUCAGCUCUCCCUUCUAGCUCUUUCCCACAGAACCUUCUGGCCUCAGGGAUUCCCGUCACCUCGGCCAGAGUUCAUCAGACAUUCCCCCAUCCGCCCCCUCCCCUCUCCCCUGGAGAGAGGCAAGGAGGAGAGGGGCUGGAGGAGGAGAAGGCUGGGAUUCCGGUGAUGGGGGUGUAGUGAGGCAGCAGGGUCUUGGGAGAGGUCAGCUUGCUGGUAGCCACAGUGUAGAUCCCGCAGUGGACAUCACGGCUUUGGGGGCAGUGAGAUGACAAGGGGAGUGAGUGCAGAAGAAGGGGCUGGGGAGCCAGGCAGAGGAAUUCUGAGGAACCAGAUCCCUUAGGAGAAGCCCGAAGCUCUCUUCCCAUUCUCCCCCCUCCUUCCCCGUAACUACAGCCUGAAAUGCCCAGGGUCUCCAGCCAGAGAGAGAGAGGACAUGGCUAUGCUGGGCCCCCCGGGGGCCUCACUCUACUGCCAAAGCAGUCCUCUGCUCUCAGCUGUGCUGGAAACCAUCUGCCAACGGCCACCAGGAAGAUGGGGAUGUGGUUCCUAGGCCGGGGCAGGAGCAAGGUUGAAGACCUAGGGAGGAAGGAAGGAGGUGGGGGAAGAGAGAGAGAGAGAGGGAAGGAGGGAGGGAGGGAGAGAAAGAUGGCGAGAGAGGGGAUGGAAGAAAAUAAAGAGGGAUGAAAGGAGCGAGGAAGGAAGGAGAGAAGGAGGGGGGCCGUGAGUAGCCUCCCCACUUUGUGGUGGUCCCUGGGAGGCCGCUGGGCUGGGAGGCCCCUGGGCGUGUACGUGCUCAUUUAGUUGCUCGCUCUUCUGCGGUAUUUAUCCCACGUGUGCUUAUUUAUCUUCUGGCUGAGGCCCUAGGUCCGGCUGGGAUUGGCAGCCCCCAGGCCGCAGGCCUGGUUGCCAUGGCAACGCCUCUUUGUUAGGCACCAGCAUCUGAAAAUGUCAGACUGUUUCCAGCGGGUCAGAUCUGGUUCCCUCCCUUCUUUCGCCUUCUCCUUUUUCAAUUCCAGUUGCCUCUGCCCAAGUUGCAAACUUCCUCUGUCUCCAUGGGGAUGGAGGAGGGCUGUCUCUCUUUUUCCGUCCCAAACAUCUGUCUCUAUAAACAGUUGUGCAGGGCACCUCCUCCUUCUGGGCCCAGGCUUUGGGGAGGAAGUGUUUUGUUUAUCUGGAGGGGGUCGGUUUCCUUGCUCCUUCAGGCUGGCCGCUGUGGGAUGGCUGCAGCCCUGGACUCUGGGAGCCCCGGGCGGGCGGCCAGUGCCCGCUGCUCCUCUGGGCCAGCACUUGGUGGGAAGGGUGGCUACUCUGCACAGUUGUCUGGUAGACCUUGGCUCUGCUUUGCUAGCUGGGCUGCCUUAGACAGGUUACUUAACCUCUCUGAGCCUCUGUUUCCUCCUCUGUAAAGUGGGGAAGCUAAUAGCGCCUCCCUAACAGAUCUGUCCCGUGGGUAAUGGUGUCACAAAGUGUCAGGUGCAAUCACUGGAGCUCUCUCUAGAAGGCCCUUGUAUUUCAUGGUCCCGGGGAUUCUUCCUGUAAGUUACUACUAUUAUCAGCCCCAGUCAGGAGAAUGUUGAGAGGUUCACUGGUGCAGGGUUGGAAUUCCACCCAGAUGCAAGCGUCUGAAACCCAGGUCCUCCGUUUGCAGACUGAAGAGCUUGGAUCAAGUGACCUCCUCCCCAGCUUGAAAUUUUGAUUUCUUUCAGGGAAGAGGGUGGGGAGAACUAAGAAAUUAGUGGGGUUUUGCCGAGAUCCAGGGACCGGAAUGCACGAUGUAUGGGUGAGGAGUCAGGGACAGGGACUCCGAUGACUCAGACCCGCUUUCUGCAGCUGGUAGAGAUGCGAGCUGGGCCUCAGGAAAGAACGCAGCACUGGCCCAGGCCCAGCCCCGGCUCGGCCACCUCAGAGAGCCUGUCCUGGCCCCACGUGGCCUAAAGUGCCAGCAUCGCUCCCGUGGGUCUCAGCAGCCUGACUCCCAGCUCCAAGCCCCGUGCUUUUUCUUGCAUCUACAGUCCCAGCGUGGUGCACAGAAUGAGAUCAAUUACACUCCUUCUAGAUGAUCAGAGGAGAGACCUCAUAAACAACCAGGUCAAUGGCUGAGUGACAGCCCGGGCUUCAGAGCAGGAAGAGCUGGGUUUGAAUCCAGAUUCAUUAAUUGCUGGUGGACCUUGGGCAAGUUAACCUUGCUGAGACUCUGUCAUCUCAUGUGUAAAAUGGGUAGCAGAACAGUACCCACUGAGGGGGAUGCUGACGAAGGGCUCGGGCAGCAGUAAGGCUGGGAUGCUGGUGGCAGGGGUCGCCGGUGGGGGGGGUGGGAGAGCCGUGACCAAGAACCCAUCCCUGGAAGGCAGGGAGGCAGGACCACGUGAGAGCCGAGGUGCAAUCCCCCGUGCAAGCUCCACCGUCCCAUCUGUAGAAAACACAGAUUGAAAGAUAAAAUUAUGAAGAAUUUCAAGGUGACUGCAGAGCACUAAACCCCAAGCAUGGGGCUCUCUUCCGAGUGCAAGGUCCUGUGUGACAGCCUGCCCCUGAGAACGUAAUGUGACUGAUUGCUGUCUCCUGGGAUGUCUUCCAAGAGACUGAAUAAAAUGGACCGGAGCACAGACGCCAGGAGGAAGGGGGAAUUUAUACACGGCUUCACCCUCCAGCCAGUUGACGUCCCAGACUUCACGGAUACCGAGUGGUCCUUCAGCACUCCAGGCGGGGCAGGAGGGAAGAGCUCGGGGUGCUGGCCCCCCGCCAGGUGUGGCUAGGUGGAGACCCCCACCAGGGCUGACCCUGUAGGCCAGGAGCAUCUGAGAAGGCACAUAAAAAGCAUCUGAUGCAAAGUCCCUUUCCUGACAUUGAUGUUGAUUCUGUAAGACAUGCCCUUGUUUUUAGGACACACACGCCCAAGUGUUUCAGGGGAAAGAGGCAUCAUGUCUGCAGCUUACUCUCAAAUGGCCUAGGGGAGAAAUGGGGAGAGAGGGGGAAAGAAAAUGGUAACACAAACGUGGUAUAAUGUUAACAUUUGGGAUAUUUGGGUGAAGCGUAUACGGUAAUUUUUUGUAGUAUUUUUGAAACUUUUCUGUAAGCCUGAAGUUAUUUCAAAACAAAAAGUUGGGCUUUUCUGUUUUGUUUUGUUUUGAAGGGCAUGAUACAAUUAUUACUGCCGGGGGUUGGGGGGUGUGGAAAUACCAGCAGGGAGCUAGUCCUGCCGGCUGCGGGUCGGUGCUACGUGGAGGACCCCAGGUUCUGCAGGAGGCACCUCGGCUGUGGGACAGGGCAGCAGUGUCACCACAGUGCCAGCCCCCCCUGCCCGCACCGCUCCUGCUACCAUCGGGCUCCAGCUUUCCGGCCUUGUGGCCAGUCUUCCCCUUUGGGGGGCCAGUGACUCAGCCAUGGCUUCCAUGUGGCAGGAAGUGGGCACAGUGACUCAUGGAUGGCUCUGACCCCUCCCACCUGGAGGCUGGGAUAGCAGCUGAUGCCCCAGGUCAGACAUGGCCCCCAAUGAGGGGGGUCUGCACCCCACAGUGAUGUGCCCAGGAAGUACCACUCUAGAGGCCGGGCCUGGAGCACCCCGCCAGCCAGGCCCCCUGGGGGCUGGCUGAACUUGCCCUCUGCCAGCUCUGCCCACAGCCUAUGGCGUUUCAUGGCCAUCUGUGGGCAUAUGGGCAAUGCUGGACACUCCUUAAGGAUUCCCCACUGUCUGCAAAGCUGGCAGCCGCUGCCGCAGUCAGUCCCCGACCCUGCCAGAUGCCCCAGCCAGGUGCCUUCACCAGGGACCUUGUUAGCACCCAGAAGUCAUACAGACACCCAGGUGCCCAGGUCUCCGGGGCCCAGGCCCUUCCAGCCUGUGAAGGCUCAAGCUCUAUGGCAUUUCCCGCUUGCCUUGGAGACCGGUGCUGGGAAACUGUCUACUCUCUGAUCAGUGGGUUCAAAACCAGCACCUGGACUAGUUAGUGAACAAAGGUUGCUCAGGGCCCAGGCUGUGUCUUCCCUCCAAGACACCCUGACCAUUCCAGCUUUUCUUCUCACUUAGGGCUGGGAUUACUCACUUCAAAAUUAAGGCGUGACCACGUUUAUGAGGGUGGUCAUAAAAGUGACCCAGUGCUUGCACAUCUGCUGUCUCAUGUAUCCUCAUAACACAGAGGGAGACUGAGGCUCAGAGACGUUAAGGAACUUCUGGAGGCCACACAGCAGCACCAAGUCUGGGUUUGAACUGGCGUCUUCCUGACUCCAGAGUCCACCCUGCCUUUGUCACUCCUUGAGGUGGGCUGUGCAUUCUCCUUGACUCUUCGUGGGCUUUCCUGUGUCCACACUUUGUCUGCCAGCUCCAGGGUGGAUCAAGAAGGGUGGCUGGGAGGAGGGCUUCCUUAUUUUCUGAAGCCUCCCAGCACUCCGCACUCCCUGACACAUCGAGUGCUCGGGCAUGGCUUCAGGCAGACUGAGUGUCUGAUGGAGGGUGACAGGCCCAGCACCAGUCCUUGGCCCCAAACCCCACCCACAGCGACCCUGCACCUGUUCCUCUUACCCCGCUUGGUGGGUGAAAGAUCCCUUCCGGGGCUGCCUGGUGCCGGUGCCCACCUCCAGGCCAGUCUCUCUCUGGCUUCUCUGCAGCCUCCUAGCCGCUCACUUCCCGGAUCUGUUCCCCUGUUCCCGACUGUCCCUCUCCUGUGUGUUCACCUUUGCUUCUCUUUCUCUCCUUUGAUUUCCCACUCUGUUCCGUCUUUCCUUCCUUCCCUUUUUUUUUCUGUUUUUUUUGUUGUUGUUGGUUUCUUCUUUUUUUUUUUUUUUGGUGGUACGUGGGCCUCUCACUGUUGUGGCCUCUCCCGCUGCGGAACACAGGCUCCGGACGCGCAGGCUCAGCGGCCAUGGCUCACGGGCCCAGCCGCUCCGCGGCAUGUGGGAUCUUCCCAGACCGGGGCACGAACCCGCGUCCCCUGCCUCGGCAGGCGGACUCUCGACCACUGCGCCACCAGGGAAGCCCUGUGCUUUUUGUUUUGUUUUUAGUAAUUCUGUCUACCUGCCACAACCUAACUGUGCUAUCUUCAAGGCUAACUUCUUCAGUGUCUUCCGUAAGGCGAUCACAGAAAGCCGAAUGUGCUAAUGGAAUCAAGGUAUUCUAUAUCCAUAGCAAUUUUCUUUUUGGCCGAGCUGCACGGCUUGCGGAAUCUUAGUUUCCCGACCAGGGAUCGAACACGGGCCCCCUGCAGUGGAAGCGUGGAGUCCUAACCACUGAAUUGCCAGGGAACAGGGAAUUCCCUAUCCAUAGUAUUUCUAUGAUCUGACAGUCCUGUCAAAGAAGAAAGGACUUAUUUGGCCUGAGUUGCUAAUAGUAAGUUACAAUUUUUUUUUUAUCCUUGAAAAAAGGGUAGUCAGUAUUCAUUUUAUUAUCAUUUCCAGAUAGAUGAAAAAGAAUUGUAAAGCAUUCCAAAUCUCUCAAACAUUUCGGUAUAUAUUUCUACAAGUUUCUAAAAACGUCUAGACGUAUGUAUGCCAAAAAAUUCAUAAAAAUGCCAUCAUACCUAAAUACUCUUUUAUCUGCUUCUUUAACUUACUAAUGUUUUGUGAAUAUCUUCACAUAUGAAUAAGUGUACAGCUAAACUAUUUUGAUUGGCUGUGUAGUAUUCCAUUAUCAGGACACCUAUUCAACAGACCCUACAUUACUGGAUUCCAAUUUUUUUGCCUUUAUAAACCUUGCUACAUAAACCUGUUAUGAACAUGUCUUGUUCCUUCCCUGAAACAAGUUCAGGUCUUAUACUCUGCCUUUUCUAAGUAUCCUCUGAAUCCCCACAGUGUUUAUCUAUACUUCUCAUGUGAACCUAUUUCCAUUACAAAAAUUAUACACCAUCUUCUCCCUGCUUGUAGCCGCUAAGAUCCUUUAGGGAACAGUCCACCCCAAUUUAAUGCCUAACACAGUAGCUUGUACUUACACACACUCCGUAAAUAUUUGUUGACUAAGGGCAUGAAUAAAUGAAUUUAUUUAAUGAUUCAUUCUACAGUUUUGCUGGUGAUUAACAUCAUACUCGCUGGUUUCUAGUUCCCGAAGUCUGGUUUCUGCCCCAGUGGGGCCUGGUUUGCCCAUCUUCUGGUCCCUCGCCCAAUCUCAGGGAUGAGAGAAAGUGCAGCCAGGGUUGUGAGCUCCCCCCUCCCAUCCCCACGGUCCCAGGAUGGCGAUGGCCUUGCCCUGGGCUGACACGAGUUGAUUCAGAGCCUCCCUGCCCACUCUCGCGGUCGGUCUCCUCUCCUCUCUCGGACUCCAGGUCUCUAUUAGCCUGCCCCGGCCCUCCUUUCUUUCUGAAUUUGAUUGAGAAGCAGGUAAGCUUGGAGCAGGUCCGCAUGGCCUUGGGAGGCCGUCUGGGGAAGGGGUGAGGUUGUGGCUGCCUUGCGUGGCUCCCUCGUGAGAAAGAUACCCAAGCCUCUGCUCUUUAGGGCUUGGGUGAGACUGACAGAGUUUGGGGGUGGGCCAGGACACGGUAGGUGCCCAAUCAAGGCAGUUUUCUCUCUCCUCUUCCUUUAAUGGACACAGUUCAGUCUUCUCCCCUAAGGACUGGGUCUGCCCCUGAGGGAUCACUGUUGGUGAAGAGCCCUCCCUCCUUCCCUUCCUCCCUUCUCUCCUCAUCUUUUUGAAAUAUGACCUCAAUUCCCUAGAAGUGUGUUUUUUUUUGGCCUCGCCAUGCGGCUAGUUCCCCGACCAGGGAUUGAACCCCGGGCCCCGGCGGUGAAAUGCGCCAAGUCCCUAAUCACUGGACCUCCAGGCAAGUCCCUAGAAGUGUUUUCUUUCGUACCUCAGCCACCAGCACUCUUUUCUCAUAGAGCUCACUUGCGAUUAGAUCGUCUGAUCUGUGGAUUUUUUUUCCUACUUCAUGAUUUUCCUUGACCCAUUUUCACUCCUAGGGCCUACAGCUUUUUUGGGCCAGAGUUUCCCUGAACUUUUUGGAAAAACGUCCCCUAACGUCUAGGGAACCCAUCUGACAAAUCCCAGUGUCUCUCCCCUUAGCUGUCAUUAACCCAUAGGAAAUCACCUGCAAGUGACCCCCCACACACAAUGAAAUUCCUUUCCUGGGGACUUCCCUGGUGGUCCAGAGGUUGAGACUCCACUCUCCAAUGCAGGGGGCCCGAGUUUGAUCCCUGGUCAGGGAACUAGAUCCCUCAUGCAUGGCGUAACUAAGGAUCCUUCAUGCUGCGAUGAGGAUCCUGCGUGCCGCAGCUGAGACCCGGCGCAGUCAAAUAAAUAUUAAAAAAAAAAAAAAAAGAAAGGAAAAUUCCUUUCCUGGAGCUCAAACGUCAGCCUCUUGACUGGAAUAAGGACCAUCAUCAUCCCCACCGCCACUGUGAUCCGUCAACUCAGCCCAAGAUUAACUGUUGAUGCUAUGUCUGGCUCUAUAACGGGUUGCCUUUCUAAAUAAUGGCUAAGAAAGGCAACGUGAUCCAAUAUAACAAAAUCUACCGGGCACCGACUAUGUGACUAUGAACCGGGGAUUGGGGAGAGAAGAGAUAGAUGAGAAUUGGCCUUGCCCUCAAAGAGCUUAGAAUCUAAUGACUAAGAACUUAGGUUUGGAAUUGGAGAGCUUACAACCUAAAAUGAAGGAGCAAAAAGAUGAAUUGGGUAAAAUCAGGAUAGUUUUGUGUUUUUCUUAAAGAAUUUUAAAGCGGUGUUGCUUUCCCGUUUCUUCAUCAGGGGUAAGUAAUUUCCAGUCAUCCCAUCCAUUAAACAAAUAUGUAUUAAGAAAGCAAAACACAGGCCAAGAGCCUGCUGUGUGCAUGGCUGGAUGCACAAUGAGGCCGUCCUCAGGAGACUUGAGCUCUGCUCCGUGAGAAAAGCAUAAAACGGAGGGGACACCAAGGUCAGAGGGCAAGUGCCCAACCCUUGCCAGUGAGAGUCAUCUUGAGUUCCACUUGAGGGGCUCAGAGUUGGGUCAUCGAGGGUGGAAAGUUCUGGAAAAACCCUAAUACCCCUGUUGCAACAUUCUAGGAAAAAUGGUCCGUCUACUGAAUAAGGGUGAAUCAGCCGGGGAAGGUUUGGGGCUAUCAGCGCUGUCCCACGGCCACUUGUCCCCAGUCUUUGGUUCCCCAGUGAAGUUCCAGCUACCCUCUGGGGGCCGAGGGGAGGAGACGGUGAGCUCUGAUCGGGAAUUUCAAUGAGACAUAUGCAAAUGACCAGUGGGCUCUUCAGAGGAAGUUCUGAGAGGAGAGGGCUAUGGGCAGCUCGGCGCCCAUAACCCGCAAAGCAGAAGUGAGAGCCGUGCGAUUUCCCAGUCCUCUCUCCCCGUCUCACCCAGCCCUGCCCCCGUGGUGUGGGCCUCCUUCCCUCUCAGAAAUGAGACCUGUGACUUCUCCCCAGUUACCCAAGUCUGAGGAAAUGUUUGUCUUGAAAGGAAACUAGACUUGUAAGCCUCUUCUCAGCCCCAGAAUUGAGGAAUAGAUUUGGGGCACCCAGUGGGGCUGAGCAGGUGAAAGGAGGGGCAAAGGAGUAACCCCCCUCCCCCUCCCCCACCUUGAGCACCUACCAAGUAUCAGGCCAGGGAUCCAGGGCCCUCUGCAGGGUGUCCGCACCCUCACUGGCAGUGAGUGGCUGGUGGGACCAGGACCUGACCUUGCCAGCCAAGUUCCCACACACUCUGGCCCCAGGGCCACUGCCCCCCCGGACAGUAAGCCCCCUCAAGACUGGGCAAAUGCUAUUCUUUCAGGAAACUAGGACACCACUGGGAGUAUUUCCGCUGCAGCUCUGGCCUUUGACACAGAUGCACAUCUGGAAAACGCGGCCUUCCUUCCCCAUGGAGUUUUGAACGAGCAGUUCUGGAUUCCCAGUAACUUCCACUUGUAAUUAAUUGUCAAUUGAUUACCCGUUCACUUACACGUGUCAGUGUGAGGGCGCUAGCCUCUCCGUCAGGAAGUCAACUGUCUAUUGACGAGUGAGUCAAAGCAUCCGGUGGGUUACUUAUUCAUGAGCCAGGGUGCCCAUGUAGCUGGGUUUCCCUCACCUGUUCCAGCUUGCCCUGAAAGAUGGAAGUAAAGGGCCCUGGGGAGAAAGUGCUUUCCUGACUCUUCCUGGGCCCAUAUUUGAACCACACUUUCUUCCCUCGCUCUCUCUCUCUCUCUCUCUCUCUCUCUCUGUCUGUCUCACACACGAUUUCCAUCCUAGGUCUGGUGGCUUUUGGCCUGACCUUUUACCCAUAUCCCACAGUGUUAACCCCGGCCAACCCAAGGUGUAAACACGAGAUGGCAGCAUAAAGCACUGGCAGUAAACUGUAGACCAUAUUCCUUUUCUUUUUUUUCAAGAUGACUUUUAUUUUACUUUAUUUUCUGGCCACGCCACGCAGCAUGUGGGAUCUUAGUUCCCCGACCAGAGACUGAACCCGUGCCCCCUGCGUUGCAAGCGCGGAGUCUUAACCACUGGACCUCCAGGGAAGUCCUGUAGACCGUAUUUCUUCUUCUGGGGAGUGAGGCCAGGGGGAGACCAAGGCCAACAGCAUUCUCAUGCAGUCCUUGUCUGUUUCCCACUGAACCCUCCAGAGACCAGCAGGGAGGGCCGCUGAGACCAGAGAGCAGAGUCCUGGGCAGGCUGACUCAGUUGCUCGAAUCCUCCCUCCAAGGCCAAGAACACCUGUGAUCCUGGAUCAGGACAGCUUUCUCCUCCCAGAGGAAAGCUCGGACCCCUGCCAUCACCUCGCCGCUGAAUCCUGGUCAGUGUUCUGCCAGUUAACUGUGUUGCUCACAGUGGGAAGCUAGACCGGGGUGAUUCAUCAUCACGCAUCACCCCAUGGAAAGCUCAUCUACAGCGCACGUCGGAGGGACGGUACUGGGCGUUGCGUUUACAGACGGAGCUCAAAAUGUGCUGAGCGGCCUGUGCACGCAGCAACGUGCCCAGCCCGGGCACAUCCAGGAAGUCCUCCAGGCAUCUCUGGCCAUUUCUCCAUCUUUCUCCCAGGGGCCUGCAGCCUCUACCGGUUUUCUGGCCCUUUUAAUUGCUUCCUCUCCAGAUGUCUCUCCUACCAGUGACGGAGUCCGGCCUGAUGGUCCCAGGGCCUUAUAUAUUCUGCCAGGGUUGAGGCCCCUCCCCUCCCCCACUCAGGAUGGACCAGCUCAGUCCUUACCCUGGUGUGGGCACAAGGUCUCUUGUUGCAGCUGGGCCCCUUGGCUGACCUUCUCAGCUCCUUCUCUAAGGCUGGAGAGGCCUGGCAGGAUGCCUGCAGGCUCCUCCCCUCCACUCCAGGGCUCUGGCCAGAGCCUGGUCAGGGUCCUUGCUGAGUUCCCAGCCAACCCCUGGAGUGAUGGCGUGAGGAGUCCAGUGGGGAAACCCCAGUGUGUAGGGCAGUAUUCCAUUGACUGUCCCCACCCCCUGAUUGGGCAAUGCCGGCUGGUCUCUGAAUAGCUUCUGGGUGGCCUUCCCGCCAGACCCCCUUGCCUACUUUCACCAGGUGCCAAGGAACACUGAAAAGGGCAGCGAAUGGCUAGGGGACCACGCUCAAAAGCCAGCCUGCCUCCCUCCCAAGCUGGCUCCUUUCCCUCCAGCCUCCUUUUCAUAGAAUUGUAUUACAGAAGGGGAUAUAGAGGUCAUCUCAUCCCUCCCCUGGCUUCCAGAAGGAAUAGUUUAGAGUGAUAUUGGGGUUCUCUGAGGCUUUACGCAAAACUCUGCACAUUGGGUUGGCCAGAGGUCUCACUGGAGUUUCCUUGGCAAUUCUGUGUCCAUUGGGACACCAGCCCUGAACGUCUGAGGCUCCCAGACGCUGGGAGAUGGGAUGACCCUGGUGUUCCCUGCAACCACUCAAAGUCUCUAUGGAUGGAACGGCAGCCCCAGGACUGUCCCCCAGGGCUGACUGGUCUCGGAUAAGAGCCAGGUGUGGAUCCAGCUGCCAUUUGGGUCCCUUGGGGAGCUUUCACAGUAGCUGCUAAAUGGAGGUCCUGGAUGGUGGGGACUCACACACACAGGUGCAGGUAGUGGUAGAAAGGGCAGGCGAUCAGUGUUCUAAGUCUACUCCUUCCACUAACCGUCUGUGUGACUUGAGGCACGCCUAAAUCUCUUGACACCUUAGUUUGCUCAUCUGGAAAACGCAACAUAUUUCAUUUGAGCUGCCUCACUUACCUCUGAGUUAUAUAAGGAGGGAAGAGCGAGAUAAUAUAUUAGGAUGUGUUCUGAAAAAAACAAAAGUGCUAUUCAUGCCAACACAAUGUAUUAAAAAUAAAAGAUGCCGGGGCUUGCCUGGUGGCGCAGUGGUUGAGAGUCCGCCUGCCGAUGCAGGGGACGCGGGUUCGUGCCCCAGUCCAGGAAGAUCCCACAUGCCGCGGAGUGGCUGGGCCUGUGAGCCAUGGCCGCUGGGGCUGCGCGUCCGGAGCCUGUGCUCCGCAACGGGAGAGGCCACAACAGUGAGAGGCCCGCGUACCGCAAAAAAAAAAAAAAGAAAAGAUGCCUAUUUGCUUCCCGAAGUAAAAGUUGUAAACGAUUUAAAUCAUAUUUUAACGACUCCAGAAACCCCUUUAUUUAAAGACAUUUCUUUCUUUUGUACAGUCAGGGGUCAAGCAUUUGGUGGGCUUCCAUUGGGCGCCACCGACUCUGCCGGAUUUUGUGAUGAACGUAAAAAACUGGAAGAUCCAGUGCCUGGUGCAGAGUAGGCAUUCAAUAAGUUAUCAUCGAAGGAAUGAAUAAGAGAGUUCUUCCUUCAGAGAGUUCAUAGUCCAGCCUGGAGGAAACUGGCAACCACCAACGAGAGGCAGAAUUGGAAGAGGGAGAAGGGCUGUCUGGGCUGGUGGGAUAACCCCAAUGUGAAACGGGCUCACAGGUGAGCACAGGUGUGAAGCCUAUGGUGGGCAGGUAAGGAGACCACCUUGAUGGGAGGAAGUAAGUCUCCCAGUGUGGGGUGGAGUGGGUGGGCGAGUUGAAGACAAUGAGCUUUCCUCUAGGGUGAGAGUCUGAAUGUAUUGGAAGCGGCUUAGAGGAAAGUGCCGCGGGAACCAGUGUGCAUCCUACGGAGAAGGGCUGUGUGCGUGACGUGAGGAUGAAACCAGUAUGUUUAGAAGAUGAGCCUGGCAUGGAAGUGCCUGAUGGGGACACACCAAACUUCUUGAAGUUCCCCAAAGCCUUCUUUUCCCUUUUUUGGCCAUCUCCCUGUUUCUGAUCAUUAGAAUGCCCCGCUGUCCCACGCCUGCCAAGGGAACACCUGCUGUUUCCCAUCACCAGAGUCACCUCUUCUGGGAAACCACUGUAGGUCAUUUCCUCCUGGGGGCCUCCAGAUGUACCCUGUAUACCAUUUUAUUUUUAUACUCAUUCCUUUUUAGGAUACUUAUUGGUUUUCACGUCUGGUUCCCCUUUCAGACUGUAAGUCUCUUGAAGUCUGAAUGUUUCCUGGUUGGCAAUGAUCUCUCCAGCAUUGGUCACAGUGCCCAGAACAGGGCUCCCACCUGCAUUGAUAUCACCUGGGGCACUGGGCAGGUAAGCAGCAGGUACUAAUAAUGCACCCUAAAGCUCAGAAACGCUGCAGCCCCCAUCACACAACUUCGUGGGACCCCCACCCACAAAGCUCAUACUGUGAAUAGCGCCCCCUGUGGUUGUGUACACAUCACAUCAGCCUCCUGUUUUUUGUUUGUUUGUUUGUUUGUUCUGCGGUAUGCAAGCCUCUCACUGUUGUGGGUGGGCUCUCCCAUUGCGGAGCACAGGCUCCGGACGCGCAGGCUCAGCGGCCAUGGCUCACGGGCCCAGCCGCUCCGCGGCAUGUGGGAUCUUCCCACACCAGGGCACGAACACGUGUUCCCUGCAUCCUCAGUCAGACUCUCAACCACUGCGCCACCAGGGAAGCCCCCCUCGUGGGUUUUAUGUUUCAUGUCUAUACCUUCAUCAUCCUAUACAUUAUGGAUACCAAAUAGCAUUUUCUGUAUGAAAAGAAGAUUUGGGGGAGGGGAGGUGAAAGAGAGGAAACAUUUUAUUGUGUAAUGUAAAUAACGAACUUGCAUCGUUUGUUUCUUCUUUUAAGUCUAGGUUUUCCACCUUUCUCUAAGGCUGGGCCUGAUUAUUACAACGAAUAGCAGCUGUGAUCGUAUUUAUGAGGAGAGCGCGCAGUUUUAGUAUUCAGAGCCCUGGCUUCAGAUGAGAGCCGGGGGCCUCUGAUUCUCUCUGCAAUGCAGCCUUCCAGGCCACUGCUGUUGCUUAAGGCUGUGCUGCAAUCCGGAGCACUCAGGAGUGGGAAGUCCAGAGUUCUCCCCACUUCUGGGAACAGCCCUCCAUCCCCCUCCCCGCGCCAGCUUCCACAGGCAGUCCUCAUGACAGUGGGUCAGGCUAACCCAGGGUUUCACAAAUGCCUGGCCUGUUCCCAGCACAGCACAGCUGGGAGGGCUCAGCACUGGGGGAAGGAGCACCGUCCUCCUCCCCCUGCCAUCCUCAGGCUGGGGCCCAGGGGCUGGAGCCCAGCAGAGGGAAGGACUGCACUUGUCUGCACUUGCCCCAGUGCGGGCAGUGAUCCUGGGCCUUCCCUCCCUGCUAAUUUCCCAGCUCUGGCUUAGUCAAGUUUCAAGGAGGAUAUUCCCUUUCCCGGGAAGUGAGGAGGAUCCAGGCUUGUCUUCCCCAAAGGAAGCGAGUGGUCUCAUAGUCACCUGAGGAGGUGUUGCGUAUUGAGAUUCCCCACUCUCCUUGGGGCUUCUGAUUCAGAAAAGCUGAGCUUGGAGUCUGGGAAUCUGCAAUUUCAUCCACUCCCUGGGGACUAGCCGCAGGUGGUUCUUUGGCUUUCAUGAGCCUUGGGAGGGAGGCAGCUCUGGGAGGUGAGAAGGGUUGAGCCAAAAAAAGCCCUGUUUUCUCAGGUAGGACCUCCGGCUCUCUCUAAUGAGCUCCAUGACCCUGGAAUAACUGCCCUUGUAAUCCAAGUCUCACUUUCACUAUCACUGAAAUGGAUGUGUGACCCGAGGGAAGGGUGAUCAAAUGUCCUGGACAUUCAGGGCUACUAACCCAGGACAAGCUGGUCACCGUACCUGAGGAUGAGACAGGACUGUGGAUGUUCGAGGUACUGGAAAUGUGACUUAAAGAUGAGUCUUUGCGGCACAAAUAUCAGACUGUUUAUUUUAUUUA